GGUGAACGACACGGCCUCGCGCGCGGUGGGCCAGGCCUUCUUCAACGUCAUCCAGGUGCCCUGCUUCGAGUUCACCUACAGGGAGGAGUGUGUGGAGCCCUAUCUCUAUGUCUGGUGCAGGGCGUACAACACGGUGGCUGUGGCGGUGCCCCGAGAGCCGGUGCUGUAUGAGUUUGGGGGAGAGCUCAUCGACAGGGCAGCCAGGCCCAGGGGAGUCCCCCUGAGCCCCCCGUGGGAUCAUCAUGAGCUCCCAGGGGAUCAUCACACCGGGACAGCCCCCAAGGCAGGCAAGAAAGAGAGGAAGAGGAAGAAAGAUAAGAAGAAUAAGGGGAAAGGUCUGAAAAAGAAAGGCUCUUCUGAAAAGAGGGUGCGGAGCCAUCCUGCUGGCCCUGCUGAUCCCUGGGCCCUGCUGCCAUCAUCCAACACCAUCCUGAGCGAUGCCCCAGCACGGGAGGGAGCGGGCAGGGAGCCAGUGCCAGCCACUCCCUCCCCUGUCCCCACCACCAGCGGGAAGAGGAGGAGGAAGGAGAGGAACAGAAAGAAGAGGCUGAAAAGUAAAACUGAGGCUGAGCCUGCACGAGAGCUGCAGCUCUGAGUCCUCCCUGAGCCCUGCACGGGUCCUGGCUGUGAAAUAAAUUCACAUCUGCUCAAGCA